CACUGUGGGAAGCAGAGGGAGCUAUGGCGGAUCGUGAGGAAUCGUAAGUGCCCUGGAGAAGAAAAGAAGGAGGCUAGAGGAGCUGCUGGCGGAUGGAAUGGCUGUUGAUGGUGGGUGUGGGGACACUGGAGACUGGGGAGGUCGCUGGAACCAUGUAAAGAAGUUCCUCGAGCGAUCUGGACCAUUCAGACAUCCCGAUUUCGAGCCAGGCACUCAAGCCCUUGAUUUUUUGUUAAGCACAUGUAAAGUACUAGUCAUUGGAGCAGGAGGAUUAGGAUGUGAACUCCUGAAAAAUCUGGCACUGUCUGGCUUCAGACAGAUCCAUGUUAUUGACAUGGAUACUAUAGAUGUCUCUAACCUUAACCGGCAGUUUCUGUUUCGACCGAAGGAUGUGGGGCGACCAAAAGCUGAAGUUGCAGCAGAAUUCCUGAACAGCCGCAUUCCCAACUGUGCCGUUGUACCGUAUUUUAAAAAGAUCCAGGACAUGGAUGAAAGCUUCUAUCGACAGUUCCAUAUUAUUGUUUGUGGGCUGGACUCUAUAAUUGCAAGAAGAUGGAUAAAUGGCAUGCUGAUGUCCUUUUUAAAUUAUGAAGAUAAGGCACUGGAUCAAAGUUCCAUCAUACCUUUAAUAGAUGGAGGGACGGAAGGUUUCAAAGGAAACGCUCGUGUGAUCAUUCCUGGUAUGACAGCAUGUGUUGAGUGCACACUUGAGCUUUAUCCCCCACAGGUCAAUUUUCCCAUGUGCACUAUUGCAUCCAUGCCCAGAUUGCCAGAGCAUUGUAUUGAGUAUGUCAGGAUAUUACAGUGGCCAAAGGAGCAACCUUUUGGAGAAGGUGUUGCAUUGGAUGGAGAUGACCCUGAACAUAUACAGUGGAUUUACCAGAAGUCUUUAGAAAGAGCAUCACAAUUUAAUAUUAAAGGUGUUACCUACAGACUCACCCAAGGGGUGGUUAAACGAAUUAUUCCAGCAGUAGCUUCUACAAAUGCAGUAAUUGCAGCUGUUUGCGCCACUGAAGUUUUCAAAAUAGCCACAAGUGCAUACGUUCCUCUUAACAACUACUUGGUGUUUAAUGAUGUGGAUGGAUUAUAUACAUACACCUUUGAAGCUGAAAGGAAGGAGAACUGUCCAGCCUGCAGCCAACUUCCCCAAAAGAUAGAGAUUUCCCCAUCAGCUAAAUUGCAGGAGAUCUUGGAUUACUUGACAAAUAAUGCUUCAUUGCAAAUGAAAUCUCCUGCAAUCACAGCAACUAUGUUUGGGGGAAAUAAAACACUUUAUUUACAGACAGUAGCUUCAAUUGAAGAACGAACAAGGCCAAAUCUUUCCAAGACACUAAAAGAACUGGGGCUUGUGGAUGGCCAAGAACUUGCAGUUGCUGACGUUACAACACCACAGACUAUGUUGUUCAAGCUUCACUUUACCACUUAAUUUAUUCAUAAGUAAAGUGCAAAUACAGCAAGAGAAAUCUGUGCCCACCUUGUAAAACAAAUAUACUCUGUGGGUGUUAAAGCAGCCUGAAAUGUUCCUGUAAGUGCUAGCGUGGUUGAAGGUUAGGAAAUCCAAACAAAUCACCAUAUUUCAGAAUUGUACGUAGAAGCCAAUAUUUGGUGGAUUAUAUUUGUAUAAAUGCUUAUUCAUGUACAGAUCUCUGAUGUAUAGAAAUACAUUUUUUCCCCUUUUUUUUUGGUCAAAAUGUUCAUGUUAAUGUACUUUCAGACACAUGGAACUUAAGGUGGCUAAAAGUCUCGUUUUUAACACAUCUGCACACGUAUAUGCAAAGAAAGGACCUUUUAAAAGGAACCACAGUGAUCUGAUUUUUAGUUGUAGCACUCCUUUGGACUUGCUGAGUCACCUUAAACCAGAAGAGGCAGUAAAUUAAAAUGAACAUUUUCCUCUUAUUAGAUAUUGAUUUGAUCAAUUUUAUGAAAGGCUUUAAGUAUGGGAGAGAUGACUUUGUUUACAAGAAAACACAAAAGGACAAAAUGAUCAGCUGUACAUGAAAAUAGUCUCCUCACUGUCCCCAGACAGCCGCCAUGCACAGCAUUGCAAGAUUAUGUUCAAAUAUCAUUGGUGCUGUUAAGAUAUUUAUUAAUAAAAAUCAUAAAGACACCUGA